AUGCGGGGCCGCACGGAACUUAUCCGCAUUGCCAAAUCACAGGGGAUCGAGCUACGUCUGUCUGCUGCACUCCUGUCUCGAGCAGCCGGGAACCGUAGUCGUAUCCUCAAAGAACCAGACGGGCAAAAAUCAAUUCUAUGGAGCGUUGAGUUCAAUCUCCUUCCUAUCUCAGCUAAAUAUGAUAUAGGCAUCAAUUUAGCCCGAUUCAAACCGCUUCGUUUGGUCUUACACGACUGCACUGAUCGAAUGCGAAUCGGCUCCUUGUGGUAUGAUCGGUUACUCAAGAUGAGCGCGGAGGAACAAGACUCAUUGGUCACAUAUGCCCCCACAGGUUCACCGCCGUUUGGUCUUUUAGCAUCCUGGGCCUGCGCCAAAGUGAAUGUCGACUCGGUACGGCAAUCGAUAGAAGCCGGGUCCACACCUGGUGCGUACUACUUUUACGUUCAAGUGGAACAAAUUGAAACAAACCCCAUAGACUCCACCGCCAGUCGUACAGCGUUAACACGUCGUUACGUUCCCGUGGAAAUAUUCAGCACCAAUCGUCUUUCACAUGUUCUAAUGACACCACACCUGAUUGUCCACGAGAUGCCUACGCUAUGGGUCUCUCGUGUACCGUUGAUUUAA